UUUCAGGUGUACAUCAAAGUUAUAGACACAAAUAAUCACAGGCCUCAGUUUUCUGCUUCAAAAUAUGAAAUUGUUAUACCUGAAGACACCGUUCCAGAGACAGAAAUUCUGCAAGUCAGUGCUACAGACAGAGAUGAGAAGAAUAAACUUAUUUAUACUAUGCAGGGCAGCACUGAUCCCAUCAGUCUUAAAAAAUUUCGUCUGGACCCUGGAACUGGCUCUCUCUAUACUUCAGAAAAACUGGAUCAUGAGACCAUGAACCAACAUAUUCUCACUGUAAUGGUUCGAGAUCAGGAUGUUCCUGUAAAGCGCAACUAUGCUAGAAUCAUCAUUAAUGUCAGUGAUACAAAUGAUCAUGCUCCGUGGUUCACCAGCUCUUCCUAUGAAGGACGGGUGUAUGAGUCAGCAGCUGUUGGAUCAGCGGUACUUCAGGUUACAGCAUUAGAUAAGGACAAAGGAAAAAAUGCAGAAAUUGUGUACUCUAUUGAAUCAGGGAAUAUUGGAAAUUCCUUCUUUAUAGAUCCCAUUUUGGGUAUGAUUAAAACUGCAAAGGAAUUAGAUUGUAGUAACCAGGAAGAAUACAACCUGAUGGUAAAAGCUACAGAUAAAGGAGAUCCUCCAAUGAGUGAAGUGACCUCUGUGCGUAUAUUUGUUACGGUUUCUGAUAACGCCGCACCAAAAUUCACAGCCAAAGAAUAUUCCACAGAAAUCAGUGAAAGUGCCAGCAUUGGCAGUUUUGUUGGAAUGGUUACAGCAUACAGUCAGUCUUCUGUAGUUUUUGAAAUAAAAGAUGGUAAUAUAGGUGAUGCCUUUGCUAUCAACCCAAACUCGGGUGUCAUUGUUUCUCAGAAGAUUCUUGAUUUUGAAACUUUGCCUAUUUACACUCUAACUGUGCAAGGAACUAACAUGGCUGGGUUGUCCACUAAUGCAACAGUUUUGGUACAUCUUCAAGAUGAGAAUGACAAUACACCAAUUUUUAUGCAGGCUGAAUAUACAGGACUCAUCAGUGAAUCAGCGUCAAUUAACAGUGUGGUUCUGACUGACAAGAAUAUCCCAUUAGUAAUUCGAGCUACAGAUGCUGAUAAAGAAUCUAAUGCUUUACUUGUUUAUCAAAUUGUUGAACCAUCUGUCCACAAGUAUUUUGCCAUUGAUUCUAGCACUGGUGCGAUUCGGACAGUAAUGAGUCUGGACUACGAGGAGACAAAUAUUUUCCACUUUUCAGUGCAAGUACAUGAUAUGGGGAUACCACGCUUAUAUGCAGAAUAUGCAGCUAAUGUUACUAUUUAUGUAAUUGACAUCAAUGAUUGCCCUCCUGUGUUUUCAAGAGAGUUGUAUGAGACAUCCAUUUUGGUUCCAACCUAUAAAGGCGUGAAAGUCAUCAGUGUAAAUGCCACUGAUGCUGAUUCAGGCAUUUUUUCACAAUUAAUUUAUUCCAUUAUUGAAGGCAACAUUGGAGAAAAGUUUUCAAUAAACCCUAAGACUGGAGAUAUAACAGUACAAAAUACAACUCAGUUAAGAAGCAGAUAUGAGUUAACAGUGAGAGCAUCUGACGGCAGAUUUGCAAGCACUGCGUCUGUGAAAAUUAAUGUGAAAGAAAGCAAAGCAAGCCAGCUGAAGUUCACACAGAGUUCUUACUCUGCAACAGUGCAGGAGAAUUCCACUGAGGCAAAAACAAUAGCUGUUGUUACUGCUAUAGGGAAUCAAAUAAAUGAGCCUUUGUUUUACCAUAUUCUAAAUCCGGACAGCAGAUUUAAAAUAAGCCCAACUUCAGGAGUCCUUUCAACAACAGGAAUACCAUUUGAUCGUGAACAGCAAGAAUCUUUUGAUGUGGUCAUAGAAGUGACAGAGGAAUACAAACCAUCAGUUGUUGCACACAUUGUAGUUAAAGUCACAGUGGAAGAUGUAAAUGAUAAUGCUCCAUUUUUUGUCAAUCUUCCAUAUUAUGCUGUUGUUAAAGUAGACUCUGAAGUAGGCCAUGUUAUUAGACGUGUCACUGCGGUAGAUAAAGAUAGGGGCAGAAAUGGAGAGGUGCAUUACUAUCUCAAAGAACAUCAUGAACAUUUCCAAAUUGAUCCCUCUGGUGAAAUAUCACUGAAGAAGAAGUUUGAACCAGACACACUAAAUAAGGAGUAUCUGGUCACAGUAGUGGCAAAAGAUGGAGGAGACCCUGCUUUUUCUGCUGAAGUUAUAGUCCCAAUUACAGUUAUGAGUAAAGCUAUGCCAGUUUUCGAAAAACCUUUCUACAGUGCAGAGAUACCAGAAAACAUUCAGCUCCAUAGUCCUGUGGUACAUGUACAAGCAAACAGCCCAGAAGGACUUAAAGUGUUUUACAGCAUCACAGAUGGAGAUCCUUUCAAUCAGUUCACUAUCAACUUCAACACUGGAGUUAUAAAUGUUGUUGCUCCUCUUGACUUUGAGUCUCAUCCAGCCUACAAACUGAGUAUUCGAGCAACAGACUCCUUAACUGGAGUGCAUGCUGAUGUGUUUGUGGACAUAAUAGUGGAAGACAUCAAUGAUAAUCCUCCUGUGUUUACAGAGCAGUCUUACACUGCAACCCUUUCUGAGGCAUCUGUCGUUGGGACGUCUGUUGUACAAGUGAGCGCUACAGAUGCUGAUUCUGGAACAAACAGGGGGAUUUCCUAUCACUUGGUUGAGGAUAAUAGUGAAAGUCAUGACUACUUCCACAUAGAUAGCAGCACUGGACUCAUUCUUACAGCAAGAACUUUGGACUAUGAACAAAUUAAACAACACAAGUUACUAAUAAGGGCCAUAGAUGGUGGCAUGCUGCCCUUAAGCAGUGAUACCAUUGUAACUGUUGAUGUAACUGAUCUCAAUGAUAACCCUCCUCUUUUUAACCAAUUGCUUUAUGAAGCUAAAAUUAGUGAACUGGCUCCCCGAGGGCAUUUUGUGACAUGCGUGCAAGCCUCAGAUGCAGAUAGUUCAGAUGUUGACAAGCUGGAGUACUCCAUUCUGACAGGCAAUGACCAAAAGAAUUUUGUAAUUAAUAGUAAAACUGGUAUUAUCACUAUCUCAAAUCUACGCAGGCAGACACUAAAGUCACACUAUAAUCUUAACGUGUCUGUUUCUGAUGGGGUCUUCAGAAGCUCAGCCCAAGUCCGUAUAACUGUAACCAGUGCCAAUAUGCACAGUCCUGUUUUCAGCCAGAAUGAAUAUGAGGUUGAACUAGCUGAAAAUGCUCCAUUGCGUACUUUGGUGACUGAAGUUAAAGCAACAGAUGAAGAUUCUGGUACAUAUGGCCACGUCACUUACCACAUUGUUAAUGACUUUGCAAAAGACAGAUUUUAUACAAAUGAGAGAGGGCAGAUAUUUACCUCUGAAAAGCUUGACCGUGAAACACAAGCAGAAAAAGUAAUUGCUAUUAGUUUAAUGGCCAAAGAUUCAGGAGGAAAAGUUGCCUUCUGUACUGUUAAUGUAAUACUUACAGAUGAUAAUGAUAACGCUCCUCAAUUCCGAGCAACAGAGUAUGAAGUAAAUAUUGGAUCUGAUGUUCCACGGGGUACUUCUGUCAUUAAAGUCUGGGCAUCUGAUGCUGAUGAGGGUACAAACGCAGAUAUUACAUAUGCUAUUGAAGCAGAGUCUGAAAAUGUUAAAGAGAAUUUAGAAAUUGAUUCAUUAUCUGGUAUUAUUACUACAAAAGAAAGCUUAAUUGGUUUAGAAAAUGAGUUUCUGACCUUCUUUGUUAGAGCAGUUGAUGGUGGAUCCCCCAAAAAAGAGUCAGUUGUUCCUGUCUAUGCUAGAAUACUCCCACCAGAAGUGCCUCUUCCAAAAUUUUCAGAGCCAUUUUAUUCUUAUAUGGUUUCUGAGGACAUUCCAGUUGGGACGGAGAUAGAUAUUAUCAAAGCAGAGCAUAAUCAGACUUUAGUAUAUCGUCUGAUUAAAGGGAACACUCCUGAAAGCAACAGAGAUGAUGUUUUUGUGAUUGACCGACAGACUGGAGAGUUGAAACUUGAGAAGAAUCUUGAUCAUGAAACAACUAAAUGGUACCAGUUCUCAGUACAAGCCCAGUAUGCAAAUGAAGAUUAUAAUGUUGUUUCCUCAGUUGAGGUAAGCAUUCAGGUAAAAGAUGCAAAUGAUAACAAACCAGUUUUGGAGUCCAAUCCAUAUGAAGCAUUCAUUGUAGAAAACAUGCCAGCUGGGACAAGAGUCAUCCAAGUUAAAGCAACUGACUUAGAUUCAGGACUCAAUGGGCAGGUUACUUAUAGCUUGGAUGCUUCUCAAGAACCAGACAUUAUAGAGUCUUUUGCCGUAAACAUGGAAACUGGCUGGAUUACCACUCUCAGAGAACUCGAUCAUGAGAAACAAGACAAAUACAAAAUCACCGUGGUUGCAUCUGAUCGGGGUGAAAAAGUUCAACUGUCUUCUACGGCUGUGGUUGAAGUUGAUGUUACAGAUGUGAAUGACAAUCCUCCACGCUUUACUGCAGAGAUAUAUAAAGGAACGGUCAGUGAGGAUGACCCUCCUGGUGGAGUAAUUGCCAUCGUGAGUACAACUGAUGCUGAUACAGAAGAAGCCAACAGACAAGUCUCUUAUUACAUUACAGGAGGUGAUCCCUUGGGACAGUUUGCUAUUGAAAAUAUACAGAAUGAAUGGAAGGUCUAUGUCAAAAAGCCUCUGGACAGGGAAGAAAAGGAUAAUUACCUUCUAAAUAUUACAGCUACUGAUGGGACCUUUGCAACUAAAGCUGUGGUGGAGGUUAAAGUCCUUGAUGCUAAUGAUAAUAGCCCUGUUUGCGAAAAGGCUAUGUACACUGAUUCUGUUCCUGAGGAUGCUCUUCCUGGCAAACUGAUAAUGCAGGUGUCUGCUACAGACGCAGAUAUUCGUUCCAAUGCAGAAAUUACUUACACACUGCAUGGCACAGGAGCAGAAAAAUUCAGACUCACUCCAGACACAGGUGAACUGAAAACGUUAAUGCCACUUGAUCGUGAGCAGCAAGCAGUUUAUUAUCUUCUAGUGAAAGCCACAGAUGGAGGAGGAAGAUUCUGCCAAGCUAAUAUUAUUCUGACUCUGGAAGAUGUGAAUGAUAAUGCCCCAGAGUUUACAGCCGAUCCUUACUCCAUUACAGUAUUUGAAAACACAGAGCCUAAAACCCUUUUGACAAGAGUGCAGGCAACAGAUGCAGAUGCAGGGAUGAACCGUAAAAUCCAUUAUUCACUGGUGAACUCUGCAGAAGGCCAGUUCUCUAUUGAUGAAUUCUCUGGAAUCAUUCGCUUGGAGAAACCUUUGGAUCGGGAAUUACAAGCUGUGUACACUCUAACUUUGAAGGCUACAGAUGAAGGUUUACCGAGAAGACUGUCUUCAACAAGUGGUCUUAUAGUUUCUGUUUUGGAUAUAAACGAUAACCCACCUGUAUUUGAACAUAGGGAGUAUAGUGCAAGUGUAUCAGAGGACAUUUUGGUUGGAACUGAAGUUCUCCAGAUCUAUGCUGCAAGCAGGGACAUUGAAGCCAAUGCUGAAAUCACAUACUCAAUAGUCAGUGGGAAUGAACAUGGAAAAUUCAGCAUCGAUUCAACAACAGGAGCCAUUUUUAUCAUUGCGAGCUUGGAUUAUGAAAGUUCUCAUGAGUACUACUUGACAGUGGAGGCCACAGAUGGAGGCACACCUUCAUUAAGUGAUGUUGUAACAGUGAAUAUUAAUGUAACAGAUAUCAAUGACAAUACUCCAGUGUUUAGCCAAGACACUUACACUGCAGUAAUCAGUGAAGAUGCUACGCUUGAACAGUCAGUCAUUACAGUUAUGGCAGAUGAUGCUGAUGGACCUUCAAACAACUGCAUUCACUAUGCAAUUAUAGAUGGCAAUCAGGGAAGUCCUUUUACAAUUGACCCUACUAGGGGUGAAAUAAAAGUAACUAAACUUCUAGACAGAGAAAAGAUUUCAGGAUAUACCUUGACGGUUCAAGCUUCAGAUAAUGGAAACCCACCUAGACUUAACACAACCACAGUUAAUAUUGAUGUUUCUGAUGUAAAUGACAAUCCUCCAGUAUUCUCAAAAGGAAACUAUAGUGUUAUCAUCCAGGAAAAUAAGCCUGUUGGAUUUAGUGUGCUACAGCUAGUGGUGACAGACAAGGAUUCUUCUCACAAUGGCCCUCCUUUUCUCUUCACCAUCCUGAGUGGAAAUGAAGAGAACGCUUUUCAGAUUAACCAGCAGGGAGUACUGACCACAACUGCUGCACUGAAUCGCAAAGUGAGGGAUCACUAUUUCCUUAAUGUUAAGGUGGCAGAUAAUGGAAAACCACCGUUGUCAUCUUUGACUUACAUUGAUAUUAGAGUUAUUGAGGAAAGCAUUUAUUCUCCAGCAAUUCUACCUCUAGAAAUCUUUAUCACAGCCUUUGGGGAAGAAUAUUCAGGUGGUGUCAUUGGAAAAAUUCAUGCAACCGAUCAAGAUGUUUAUGAUACUUUGACAUACAGUCUGGACCCCAAAAUGGAAUCCUUGUUCUCCGUUUCUAGUACUGGUGGCAAACUAAUAGCACAUAAAAGGUUAGAUGUAGGACAGUACCUCCUAAAUGUCACUGUUACAGAUGGAAAAUUUACAACUGCAGCUGAUAUUACUGUACACAUCAGACAAAUCACACAAGAUUUGCUAAAUCACAGCAUUGCAAUACGCUUUGCAAACCUUGCCCCUGAAGAAUUCAUUGGUGAUUACUGGCGCAAUUUUCAGAGAGCUUUAAGAAACAUCUUGGGUGUGAGGAGGAAUGACAUCCAGAUUGUUAGUUUGCAGCCUUCUGAUCCUCCUUCAAAUCUUGAUGUCCUCCUGAAUAUUGAAAAGUCUGGUAGCUCUCAGCACCCAAUGAAAAUUUUGCUCCACAAGAUAAACUCUUCUGUGCCUGACCUAGAGGAGAUUUUAGGGGUUCGGAUAAUUGAUGUUUUCCAUAAGCUUUGUGCAGGCCUAGAUUGUCCUUUGAAAUUUUGUGAAGAAAAAGUAACAGUGGAUGAGAACAUCAUGUCAACGCACAGCACAGCCAGGUUGAGUUUUGUCACUCCUCGUCAUCACAGAACAGCAGUUUGUCUUUGUAAAGAAGGGAAAUGUCCCCUAGUGAAUAGUGUGUGUGAAGAAAACCCAUGCCCUGAAGGUACCGAAUGUUUAGGAGAUCCAAAAGAAGGAAAAUACACCUGUGUUUGCCAAGACAGCAAAGCUGGACAGUGUCCUGCAUCAGCCAGCUCUGCUGUGACAUUUACUGGGAGCAGCUAUGUGAAAUACCGUCUCAUGGAAAAUGAGAACAAAGAGGAAAUGAAGCUGACAAUGAGACUUAAAACUUACUCCGCUCAUGCAGUGGUUAUGUAUGCUCGAGGAACAGACUACAGUAUCUUAGAGAUUCACCAUGGAAGGCUGCAAUAUAAAUUUGAUUGUGGCAGUGGACCUGGGAUUGUCUCCGUUCAGAGCAUUCAGAUUAACGAUGGCCAGUGGCAUUCAGUAUCUCUUGAAGUGGAUGGAAAUUAUGCACGACUUGUUCUGGAUAGGGUGCAUACUGCAUCUGGUACUGCUCCUGGUACACUUAGAACACUAAACCUAGAUAAUCAUGUCUUUUUUGGUGGUCAUAUUCGUCAGCAAGGUAUAAGACAUGGUAGAAGUCCUCAGGUUAGCAAUGGUUUCAGAGGCUGUAUGGAUUCUGUUGUACUUAAUGGACAAGAGCUGCCCCUAAACAGUAAACCACGAAAUUACCCACACAUGGAAGAAUCUGUAGAUGUGACUCCUGGAUGCUUACUGACUACCACAGAAGGUUGUUCAAGCAGCCCAUGUCAGAAUGGAGGCAUCUGCAAUGCACUGUCAAAUGGAGGUUACUACUGCAAGUGUGCACCUUUGUUUAUGGGAACUCACUGUGAUGUCAGUGUCAACCCAUGUGCUUCCAACCCCUGCCUUUAUGGUGGGACUUGCAUCCCAGUCAGUGACGAUUUUAUCUGCCAAUGCCGAGGACAGUACACGGGCCAAAGGUGCCAGCUGGGUCCAUAUUGCAAAGACAACCCUUGUAAGAACAGUGGCAAGUGCAUUGACAGUUUGGAUGGACCUGUUUGUGAGUGUGAAGCAGGCUUUCGUGGAGAAAGGUGCCUGACUGAUGUCGAUGAAUGCGUAGAAAACCCGUGUCUUAAUGGUGCCCUUUGUGAGAAUACUUACGGUUCAUAUCACUGCAAUUGUAGCCGUGGAUUUGGAGGAAAACACUGCACAGACAUUGUUCUUAACAAAUAUGUUUCGACAUCUUGGAACAUUAGCUUAGCUGAAGUGAUUGGGAUUAUUGUUUUCAUCGCAGGAAUAUUCUUGUUAGUUGUGAUUUUUGUUGUUUGCCGCAAAGUGAUUAGUAGAAAGAAGAAGCACCAGCCAGAACCUGAAGACAAGCAGCUGGGAGCUACAACAGCUUUCUUGCAAAGACCUUAUUUUGAUGCAAAAUUGAAUAAGAACAUCUAUUCUGACAUCCCACCACAGGUUCCUGUUCGUCCCAUUUCAUACACUCCAAGCAUUCCAAGUGACUCCAGGAACAAUCUUGACAGGAAUUCUUUUGAGGGGUCUGCUAUUCCUGAGCACCCAGAGUUUAGUACUUUUAACCCAGAUUCUGUACAUGGUCACCGGAAAGCUGUAGCUGUUUGCAGUGUAGCACCAAAUUUGCCACCUCCACCUCCCUCCAACUCUCCUUCAGAUAGCGAUUCAAUACAGAAACCCAGCUGGGAUUUUGACUAUGACACUAAAGUAGUAGAUCUUGACCCCUGCCUUUCCAAAAAGCCUCUGGAUGAAAAGAACUCCAAUCCUUACAGUGCUAGAGAAAGCAUGUCUGAGGUGCAGUCUCUCAGCUCCUUUCAGUCUGAAUCAUGUGAUGACAAUGCUUCCAUAGUGACUGUAAUACACCUUGUCAAUGCUGUUGUUGACUCGGUGGAAAAAGAAGAAUCUUUUGCUGUUCCCGACCUCAGCAAUUCAAGAGGUUAUCACUGGGAUACAUCAGAUUGGAUGCCGAGCGUUCAGUUGCCAGGUAUCCAAGAGUACCCAAAUUACGAAGUGGUUGAGGAGCCAGCUCCCCUCUACACGGAUCCAAAUGCCAUCGAUACAGACUAUUACCCUGGUGGUUAUGACAUAGAAAGUGAUUUUCCACCUCCACCUGAUGACUUCCCUGCACCUGAUGAGCUUCCACCGUUACCACCAGAAUACAGCGACCAGUUUGAGUCAAUACAGCCACCCAGAGACAUGCCAGCCGUAGGUAGCUUGGGUUCUUCUACAAGAAGCAGGCAGAGAUUUAACCUUAAUCAGUACCUUCCCCAUCACUAUCCUGCAGACAUGUCAGAACCUCAGACCACAACCAGCGGUGUCAACGGCAGUUACAGAGAACCUUAUGCUCCUUACACAGUAGGGUACAAUAGAGACUUUGAAGCACCCACUGUAGACAACAUGUCCAUGUCUGUGUAUGCUUCCACAGCUUCAUGCUCUGAUGUGUCAGCAUGCUGUGAAAUGGAGUCUGAAGUCAUGAUGAGUGACUAUGAGAGCGGAGAUGAUGGUCAUUUUGAAGAUGUGAAAAUUCCUCCACUUGAUUCCCAGCAACAUACAGAAGUCUGACACACUCAACAAAGUGCCUAGACUCUAACAAACUUUGUCAGUUCUAGAACAACUUUCAAGAGCUUUUUUAUUUUUUCCUUUUUCCCCAGCCACAGUGAUUGCUUUUGUUGCAGUGAGCUAAACUGGCAUGGCAGCAUUGGAUCAUGCAGUUCACUUCACUAAAUCAGCCUAUUUCCAUUUCCUGACCUACUGUAAUUGGACAGUUCCAAGAUUUCCAUUGGCUAUGCCAUUUCUGAACAUCCUUUUUCUACUUACAUUGUCUAUGUUAAAAAAAAAAAUCACAUACCACUUCUCCAUGUUAGCAUGAUGCAUAUAUUUAUAUAGUUCAAAUGCAAUUAAUUUUCUCCUACUUUUUGUAAAUUUUAUGUACAGUUUUGAUUUUAAUAGUUUUAACUAGAUUUUGUAGAUAUUUUGUGAAUUUGUUUUCCACUGAAACUAGUGGUGUUAGUGUGCCAUUAAAAACCAGCACCCUGAUUUAUUAUAAUCAGGGCAUCACUGUAUGUAUUCCCCUGAAAAUUAAGGUUUGACAUUUCAUUAUAAAAUAUUCAGCAUAUUCACAAAAUUCCAAUUGUACAUAGGUUAGGCCUGAUAUUUUUCUGGGUCAGCUACAUGGAAAUGUCUUAAAUGGGUUGCUGUAUUUUAGAACUGUAAACAUUUUUUCCCUUCUUGGAAAGUGUGUUGGGGACCCUCUAAAUACCAGUUUAGUACCAAAACCACCAUGACACAGUUUUUAUAGUGUCUGUAUAUUUGUGAUCCAAUGGUCUUGUAAAGGUUUUUACUGAAAAUUACCAUUAGCCAGUCUUUCUUACUGACAAUAAAUUAUUAAUAAAAUACACUUUAGCUUUG